AUGCUCGUCCUUGCCAUCCUCGAUCUGGGCUUCCUCAACGCUACGCUGCAGCAGUGGUGGCGAGUAUACAUUGCGCAGAGGCAUGUCGAGGCCUGGAUACAAGAGACGGUCGAGGCCAUGCUCAACCAAGCCAAGCCGGGCUACAUCCGAUCCUUCACUGUCACCAGUCUCACCUUUGGUGCGACAGCGCCUGUUCUCUCAAACGUGGUCUUUGUUGACGAGGCAAAGGACGGUGACGAUGGUGUCCGUCGUCUUGUCUACGAUGCCGAUGCCAAGUACUACGGCGGCGCAAAGCUCGCCAUCCAGGCCAUCAUGGUCUCUGCAGGCAAGGUCUCCAUCAAGCUGCCCAUCGAGAUCUCGCGGCUAGCCAUGAUGGGCCGGCUGCGCAUCACGCUGACCCUCAAUCCGGUCCCGCCGGGCACCAUCCCGCUCGACUACCCGGGCUACUCGGAGGCCACCGCCCCGCCGUACUGGUACUACGAGGGCUACUUUGUCUCGGCCUCGUUCGGCUUUCUAACGCCACCCUCGCUCUCCAUCUCCAUCAAGUUUCUCAAGCUGGUCAACCUCGCAGAGGUUCCGGGCCUCUCCAAGUGGCUCAAGACCAUCCUCACCGACGCCAUCGUCUCGUCCUACGUUCUGCCCAACGAGUACUUUAUGGACUUUGUCGAGUGGUACGGCAUCCCCAAGCCGACUGACGGCUCUGCCGAUGCUGAUGCCGAUGCUGAUGCCGAUGCCGAUGCCGAUGCUGACCUGCGCUCUCAGCCUGCGCCAAUGGCGACUGACGUCAACGCCUCGGGUGGCGCAGCCUCGGAGCUUCCGGCCUCUGGAGCCCCGGUCGCGGUGGCGGCGGCAGCAGCCGCGGCAGCGGUUGCCGGCACAGCUGCUGCUGCCGCCGCUGCCUCGUCGGCGUCGGCGGCACCGGCUACCAAGCCCCUGCCGCGCUCGUCGCUCACUCAAGCGCUUGAUCUCGACUUGCUUGUGGUGCCGCAAACAGAGAGCGGACACGCUGCGCCGGCGACGCCGCCCAGGACGGGCUCUGUCAGCAACGAGUCGGCGCCCGGCAGCGACAGCAUGGCCACAUCGCCGUGCGCCGAUGCUCACGUCGGCAUUCCGAUUCCGGGCGCUGACGCCGAGUCAGACGACCUGAGCGCCGCCUCGUCGACCUCGCCGCAUCGCCAGCGGCUCUCGACCAAGCUGCGGUCCAAGGCGCGGUCGACGGGCAAGUUUUUCAAGUCGAUCAUGACCCGCAAGCACGACGACGAGUCCGCUGAUGCGUCGUCGUCCUACGCCGCCGACGAGCCGAGCGCCGAGUCGAGCCAGGUAGAGACCGACUUUGAGCGGCGCCUAGCCGCCAUCCGUGCCGAGGUCGACGACGUCGACGCCACCGAGUUUGCCGCCCUCUCCCAGUGUUUCCGGCUCGCCGAGAUGGCCUCGCCCAAGGCGACUAACUAUGCGCAGACAAGAGCCGAGCUGCAGCAGACGAUGGAAGACCACGCGUCUGCCCUCGAGCGCCGGCUCCGCGACGUUGAUGCCGAGCUCGAGCAGCUCACCCGCGAGUUCAAGCGCCAGUCCACCUUUAAGCGCAUGACCUCGCGCGAUGAGGCCACCGAGCUCAAGCGGCUCCGCAACCGAGCUGCCCAGCUCCGCCGCUCCACCCGCGAGUUCUUCGAGUCCAAGUUUGCCACUUGGAUCUCGUCGUCAAGCUCUUGACCACCAACUCGCGACCAAAAUAAUACACGCCCAACCGCC